AUGCUCCAGUCGCUGCUCGGCCGGUUCGGGGGGAAAUGGGGCGACCUGCCGUCGUCCUUCGGGUUCGUCGUCGGCGAGCAGGUGCCGCUCCCGUUUUCUCUCUCGUGUGGCUUUGAGUUAUUCACCUGCUCGCGCAAGAGCGACGGCGCGCCGGCCUCGCUGUUCAUCCUGCAAAAGAAGUCUCAGGGGACUCGGGCGGACGCCGCGGGCGUGGACGCCGGCGCCUCCCUCGCCGCGGCAGUGAUCGACGUCAGCGCCGGUCGCAGCCAUCUGCAGCGCGCGAAGACGCUUCUCCACCCCGACGUGCUGAAGACGCUGGAGACGCACGAAAGCGACUCGGCGCUCUACGUCGUCACAGAGAAAUGCUGGCCGCUGCCCUACCUGCUCCAUGAGCAGCAGCAGCAGCAGCAGCGGGCGGAGGGGCGCUCUUCGACGCCAGGCGCGCUGCUGCAUAGUCAGGCCUCGAGUAGCGAGGCGCGCGCAGACGGCUUCCCCGAGGGCAAGAAGGGCGAGGAGGAUGCAAAGAAGAAUGCGGAGACUGAGCGCGAGGCCGCGGCAGCUGCAGCCCUCGCAGACGUCGUGUGGGGGGUCUACCAGAUCACCAGCGCCGUCGCAUUUCUCCAUGAGUCCUGCGGACUGCUUCACGGACUCAUCAACCCUCUCAGCGUGUUUGUCACGGCAAAUGGGAGCUGGCGAUUGGCUUGCAUGGAGUUCGUGAGGCAGGCCUCCGCAGCGCCCUCGGCUCUGCUCGCCGACGCGCGCCGCAGCGCAGCGGCUCUACAGGGCUGGCAGCCGCCGGAGAGUGUGCCCGCGGGCUCGCCGCCGCAGUGGCUGGACUGGUGGGGCUUGGCGUCGCUGGUCACGUGGACGUACGCGUCCCUGCUGGCGCCGGGGGGCGGCUCGGGCGGCGGGCUGCGCUACGGCGGCAGCGCGUUUGGCAGUUUGUUUGAUCUCUCUGCGGCGACCGUCCCCGGCCGCGCGGCGCUUCCGCCGCCCGCGCGGCAGCUCUGCGAGCGGCUGCUGCGACGGCCCUCGGCGGGGCUCGCGUCGUCCGGCCGGGUUCUGUCAGACUGUCUGAAGACCGACCCGUUUUUCAACAGCAGCUCGACUUGCAGCUGCUUGCUCUUUCUGCGGGAGGUUCACGUGAAGGGCGCCUACGAGAAAGAGAGCUUCUUCGAACAGGAGCUUCCGCGGAUGCUGCAGGGCAGCGGCGCGCCCCUGCUGCCGCAGGCGGUGCAGGAGCAGCAGGUGCUUCCCGAGCUGCUCAAGCUCCUCGACCCCAGCGGCGGGCGCCCCGGGGACGGGGCCGCCCCGGGGGCGGGGGCCUCCGCAGCGGGCCCGCUGACCCCCGCGGUCGUCGGCUGCGUGGGGCUCGUCGCCGCGAGCAUCGCCAACGCCGAAGAGGGGCGGGGAAGUGCGUGGUGGGCGCGAGGAGGAGGGGACGAAGGCAAAACGGGGAAGCACCUUCAAGUUCAGAGACUGCGAAACGUCUUAGAGAAACUCUUCCAGUCCAGCGACCGCGCGAUUCGGUACACGCUGCUCACGUCGUUGCCCGCCCUAGAUCCUCUGAUGCCCCCACGCUUGUACCUGCGAAUCUUUGAGAGCCUGAUGCUCGGGCUCCUCGACUCCGCACUCGCCAUCCGCGAGGCAACCAUCAAGUCCCUCGUUCUGGUGUGCGGCAAAAUUGGAAACGAAAAAAAGACGCUGCAGACGUGCCUGGAGCAGCUGCUGCGCCUGAUGAGCGACGCCGAGGGAAUUGUGCGAAUCAACUCAUGUAUCUGCGCCGCAAAGAUCUGCACGCUGCCUCAGACGGAGUCUCUCUUUACCAAGAAGAACGCCGCUCCGCACGCGACGCUCCAGCUCCUCCAGCAGAUCCUCCUGGCGGGCCUGAAGGACGGAAUGCCGGCGUGCCGCCAAGCUGCUCUCCAAUCUAUUCGUCACUGCUUGGAUCUGUUUCCACUGCGAGUUCUCGCGCAUCCUCUCCUCGCGGGCGUCGGCGUGGCGGCUGUCGACCAAGACGACGCUUCAGUCUCCGAGACGGCCAUGGAUACUUUGAAGCAAGUCAUCUCCACGUUGGAGAAGAAGUUGACGGAACGAAAUGCGGCUCUUCUUUCUGCUGACGGCAACGGCGAGAAAACAGAGCCCGCAGUGCCGGUCAGCAACGGGGACAGCGACGGCGGCUGGCUUGGCUCCGUGGCGCGCAGCAUGCGGGCGUCGAUUGCGGGUGUGCGGCGUGCGGGCGACGAGGACUCGAGUCACCUCGAGUUCCGCGCCGGUUCAUCUGCGUCGCUCUUCGUUUCCCCAGGAGGCGCGCAGCCCUCGCCCCCGUGUCCCUCGCCGCCGCGCCCUCCGCCCCCACAGGCCUCUUGGGCGCCUGUCAACGGAGUCUCCGCGAGCGCGCCUGCAGCUGGUCCGCCGCGCAGGGAGACACCGGGCAGCCGAUCUAGCCGACUCACGAAUUCGCUCGAAGACGGCAAGGUCUUCUACGACGCGGCGGACUCCGUCAACGCGUGGGUGGAGGACGACGAAGAGAUCUCCGUGGACUCUUGGGACGUGAUGACGGCGGCCGACGCUUCCCUCUCUGCGAGACAAACAGAGCCUUGCUCUCUCUCUUCAGUCUCUUCUGUCUCCUCGUUACGGACGCCCGGUCGCGCGGCGCCGCCGCCUGCGAGCGCGGCGGCGUCUUUCGCUUCGUCUUCACUGGCGUCUGCGGCCUCUCCUGCGGUCUCCCCUGCUUUCCUGCCUUCCGCUGGCAUGACGCUCACGCGAACAAUUUCCCCUUCCGCCGCGGCACACGCCUUUGGCGCCGCAAGGGGCGCGCGUGUGCCUCCCUCGCGCGCGGAGCCUUUGCCGCCGUCUUCGCUGCGAAGUGCGCCGACCGCGAAGCCCGCGCUCGGCGACGACUUUUUCGAUGAAAUCGAGAGGCAGCUGCUCUCAGAGACUGACUGA